UCUAAAUAAUUAAUUAGUUUUUUCCAUUAAUUAGAAGGAUACGAGAGAAAAAAAGAAAUGAGAAAUAAUCUAAUCCAAGAGUAUGUCUUUGGCAAGGCUGUUGUUGUAGAAAAAAAGGUUAACAUGUUGGUAGAAAAGUGAAAAGAAUUUGUUUUGUUACCUUGUUCGAACUUGAAAAUCAGUUCGAUGAAUUGUUCUGGAAUUUAGUUCUAACUGUCAAAGAACAAUUUGUUAUGGAUAAAUUACGAACAAAUUUACCUGGAGAUAUUAAAUCAACCAUUUCAGAAGGUGUUAAACCGAUUAAACUGUCAACUGAUCCAUUGUUCACCGUAAUCCAAAUAAUACCCGAACUCCAAGGUCGAUAUGAGAAAAUAAUUUUCUGCGGUCGAAUUUUAAGUUUAUUCGCAAUUCUAUCGAUAAUUAUGUCCAUGGUGGCCACAGUUUUCUACGACAAUAAACUGCACCUUCAAAUCAUGGGAUUAAUCAGUUUACUUCACAUAAUCAGUUUAAUCUUGGGAGAAAUUAAUCAAAAAUUGAAACAUCGAUACAUUUUAAUAUCGUUAAUUGUGAUCAAUUGCCUUUGGCUUGGAUCGACUUUAAUUUUCCUGAUGACUUAUAUUUUCUUACUUGAUUCCAAGGUUAAUCCAUCUAAAGCUGAUUUUUCCAAAGAAAUUCAUUUCCAUGUAGUUGUAUUGUUUUAUAUUGGAAUUGCUAAUUGUUUCUUUUACCUUUGUGAUCAACUUUUCCGGAAAUUGAUUAAAAAUCCUCCCGAAUCAUUAAUUCAACGACCAGGUAAAUCAUCACCGAUUAAAGUAACAACCGCACAAGAUUUAACUAACAUUGUUGUCGAUAAAGUAAUUAAGCAACAGCAAAAUUUAUCCAAAACAAUUAAUCAAUCGAUUAAGGUAAUUGCCAAAUCAACUAAUACAAUUGGAAAGACUAAAUCAUCACCAGCGAUUUUAUCAAAAUCAAUUGGUCAAUCAACUAAUCCAAAUACUAAAUCAUCAAUAGUUAAUUCAUUGGAAUCUAAUAAACUUAAAUAUAAAGAUUCAAGUAAAUCAAAUCAAUUUAAAUUAUCGCAGAGUAAAUGAUUUAAGUUGAUUAGUGUAAAUAUGGAUUCCAAAUGUAAAAUAAACAAAUUUGAUUAACAAUUUCUUUCUUCAUCUUCAUUCAAGUUAAUUUAUUUGAUAGUAAAUUGUUGUUGUUGUUGUUUUGUGUUCUGACUCAAGAGGAUUAAGGAAAAAGGAUUAAGAGAAAGAGAGAGAGAGAGAGAGAGAGAGAGAGAGAGAGAGAGAGAGAGAGAGAUUUGAAAAAAUAUAAUCAUAGAGAAAUAAAUCAAUCAAUGUAAACCCAAUAUACCAAGAGAGAUACAUUUUCGUGAUAAUUGUGUGUUGAUAGUUAAUUAAUUA